AUGAAGACGACGUUCGCACUCGCCCUCCUCUCCACAGCGCUCUCCCUCGUCGCGGCAGACAUCGUCAUCACCCCCAUCUUCGAGGACCAGAUCGUGCAGAAGCAGGCGGGCGACUGCUUCUUCGGCGUCGUCACGCCCCAGGGAUGCGGACCGAGGCGAGGAUGA